GCUCCACCAUGCGGCAAAGACAGACAGCACCAACAAAGAACAUUAAGAUGAUUCAAUUCGCAGCUUGCAGCUGUACGACAGGAAAGGAUGAACAUUUUAUGCAUGAAAAGUAUAAUUUUUGGUUUUGUGUACAGAACAUGGACGAACAUUAGCGGGUCCUUAUGGAAUUAGAGGAAUUAAUCACAUGUUUUAACACUGUUCUCGUUACGUGAUGAGAACAAAAUAUGAUAAACCAGGUGGUGUGCCCCACAGCAGAAAUAAUCUCGUAGCAUACGCAUAAAGCGAUAUUUUGCACUUAAAAACACAAUCCUUGUAUUUCUAAGUCUUGAUGGCACAUUCUCCGUGGUAAAAACAAAUUUUAAAAUUUAUGUCAAACAAAUUAAAACAACAAAUGGCACAUAAACUAAAGAAACCAACAAAGAUGAGCAAUUGCGCAGAAAAUCUUUUGCUUAUCACUCGGAAAGAUAAAAAGUCGAUGCAGGAGAUAGACGAAACGUUCUCUGCUACCAUAAAAGACGGCACUGUAAAAUUAAAUAAUAUCAGUUAUUACGAAAUUAGCUCGGAGGGUAUGAACAAGUCGAACAAAUGCGGUUAUAUAAAACGGUUAGAAUCGCCUGAAAAUUACCUGGGAACAGGUACGACCGAUUCCUUCAAUUGGUCAGAGUACGAUCAGUACCUGCAGGAUGGCACUGAACAGCCUUUUUCUGGCAGUGACAACUUGGUAGCGCACGCUGAACUGUUUAUCGAUUGUAUGAAGAAGAUGGAAAGAGAGCGCGAGUAUUAAAACGUGUGUAGAUCAGAGCAGUACAAUAAACAGG